CUCAGUUUGCGCGUCUGCAGUCACCGGUUCUGAUUCCACAGAUCCGGAUCCGCUCGCAGAAGCAAGCCACGUAAAGUUGUGAGACUAAUUCUCCUGAUGUGGUGAUUUUUACGCGUCGCCCGCCACGUUCAUGCGGACUUGGCUGAUCAACACGGAGUCUUUUUGAAGCGCAGUUUAUCACCGAGGACUACAGUGUUGUCAUUCAAACACGCUCUCCAGAAGAUACAGUUUCGGAGCUGGCGUCGGAGCCCAAAUGGCGGUGCUCGACUGUUCAUGGCACGGCAGAAGAGCCUGUGAGGACGCAUCAAAAGUGAAGUUGUGAAGUUCCGUGUGAGAUCGAACAACAUCCCUUUAACAAAGAUCCGUCCACAAGGAGACAUGAAGCUCUGGGUGGGACUCUGCACUCUUCUUCUCUGUCCAGUGGUGGACAGCAGGUUGAUCCUUGAGGGCAAUCAGAGAUACGGUCCAACGCCCAUCUAUCUACCUGUCACCUACAAGAUCCUUAACGCUGAGACAGCGUUUUUCCUGCAUGAAGCAAACCAGGAUUUAAUGAGGAACUCCAGCCUGCAGGCCCGCACCGAGUCCUUCUUCAUCCACAAGGCACGGCAGAUGCCCUUCAUCAAUGCUAGCUACGGGCCAUUAUCUGUCCAACAACCAGUCCCUCUGGAGUUACUGCAGCCAAUGCCAGGCCCUUUCAACACGCCGUCCUUCACAGCAUCUUCAGAACCAACAUCUGCCUCGUCACCACCUCCGUUCACGUUCAACUGGAAGGUUCACACCUAUAUUAUCAGUGAAAGGAUUCACCCAAGUUGGCCAAAGGUGCAAGUGCUGUUCUAUAUUGCAGGGAGGGAUUGGAGCGACUACAGUGCCAUCCACAAAAUGCCUUGCAUCUGGAUGUUUGCGUUCCAUGAGACACAAGAGGUGCGGGGGACAUGCAGGCUUAAAGGUGAACUUGGGAUAUGCGUUGCUGAGCUUGAGCCGCUUGCAAGCUGGUUCAGCCCGCCCACUGUCAGGCCAGGACGACAAAGGCUCUCUGAACAGACUCAAGGAACACCAGUGGAGCUCUACUACAUUAUUCAAACGACAAACGGAGGCGAAUGUAACUCUGAAGGAUCAAGGAAAAGCGACCCUAUGCACAGCGAUCAGCCGAGGCCGAUCGGCUACUACGCGGGUCACACGCCGAUGCGGCGCAUUGGAAGUGUCCGACUGUUCCAGCCGCUGUCGGAGCUGAAGCUCGACAAUGAUUUUGUGGUGAUGAUCCCAUCCAAACCCAUCAGACAAAGAGAAACAAUAUCAGCUUUUCUGUCCUUGUCGACUCUUUCAUCAGUCCAAAUCUUUACCCUCAGGGUGAGGCUGAUGGAUGGCCUGGCUUUCCUGGGGGCCAAGGCCACUAACCCAGUGGCGUGGUCAGUGAGUCAGGAUGUCAGAAGUGAAGGUCAUCGAGUCCUCACUCUCCACUGUCGGAGGAAGGAGAACGGCUUUAGUCAAAGAAUGGAGGCUGCAGGCUACCAGAAAGUGCUCCAGGUGGAUCUGGAGGUGAAUGGGAUGAUGGUGACUGAGGGGGGCCGCGUUGUUACGUGGCAGGUGGAAUAUCCACUCACACGGACUCUAUCGACUGAGGUGCAGACUCUGAUUCGCCUGGCACCACAGGACCUGGGCGGCAUUGUGCCACUGGCCAUGGACACAGAGAUCCUCAACACUGCUGUUCUGACCGGACGGACCGUUGCUGUGCCAGUAAAAGUUGUCACUGUGGGAACAGACGGCGCCGUCUCUGAUGUAACAGAAUCUGUGGAGUGCAAGUCAACAGAUGAACAGGUCAUCAAGGUAUCUGAAAGAUGCGACUAUGUGUACGUCAACGGAAGAGAGACAAGAGGAAACAACAAAGUGCUGGUGAACUUCACCUACAGCUUCCUGAGUGCGCAGCUAGAGAUGAGCGUAUGGAUUCCCCAACUGCCCUUGCUCAUCGACGUGGCUGACACUGAACUCAAUCAGGUCAAGGGUUGGAGGGUCCCUCUUUUCACAGGCAACAGGAGGUAUGAAAGAGUCACUGAUAUCACGGAAGAUGCGGAUGCAGCAGAGAGACCUGAAGCCACCUGUGUGGCCCAGUAUCAGAGCACUUCACUGCGCGUGCUCACACAGUUUAUUGCCCAACCCGAGGAAGGCCGAGGUGCAGUGGACGAGGAUGGAGCGGGCCAGAAAAACAUCUUGCUCGGAAGUGACUGGCAGGUGGAAGUCACCCAACUGGUGAAGGACUUCUUAAAGGUGGAGGAUACAAGAUUUGCUGAGCUGCUGAAUGACCACGUCGUAAUUGGACUGAAGGCCGGAACCACCAAACUACAGGUGCUCUCCCCUCUGACGUCGGAGGUCAUGGCCGAGAAGAGCAUCACGGUGGUGGACAAUAAAGUCAGUGUGACAGAGCUUGGGCUGCAGCUGGUGUCUCAACUCUCUCUGUCCAUUCAUCUAAGUCAAGGAAGCAACAGCGCCAUCGUAGCAACAACAACUACCCAGGAGGUCAUUCGUUCACUAAAUCAGGAGUCUCUCAUCAGUGCUUGGCUUCAGUUCAGCGAUGGCUCCACGACGCCGUUGGAAAACUACCACCCUUCUCAUUUUGCCCUCUCAACCAGCACUCUGAAUGAGCAGGUGGUGCAGGUGCAGCGUAAGUCAGCCUGGAGGUGGCCUGUUAUUGUUGCAAAGGGUCAAGGUCAGGGGUCACUUGUGCGUGUUGAAAUGAGCCAGUCAGAACAGUGCCAGAGGGGGAAGCGACGCACCAUCAUCACGACCGGAACGGCAAACGUACGAGUCCUAUUGGGUCAGUCUGAAGAGCAAUACCGUCAACCGGGGGACCGACUUACGCAAUCAGAAUCUCCGAACUAUGGAGGAUCAAUCUCUGACAGUAAUACCGGGACCGUCAAGGGCGGAUCUACACCCGUCAAGAGCUACAGCCCGACAAAGCCUAAUGGCGGUCGUUUGUCAGCAGACAAUGGUUCAAAGAUUGCGAGUGAAUUCGCAAAAUAUCCAGACCAGGCUGAGCUGCCUCGGAGCAGAACCACAAAUGAGGAAUCACCUCCCCGACGUGGUCUGACAGACCUGGAAAUUGGUAUGUACGCCCUGCUGGGAGUCUUCGGCCUGGCUAUUCUGGUUUUUCUCAUUAACUGCAUUUCUUACGCUUAUAAGUAUCGUACCAAGCAGCUCUCCCUGGAAUCCCCAGAGACAAUGCCCCACACUCACGACUGGGUCUGGCUAGGCCAAGAAGAAGGACUGUGCCGGCAGCAGCAGCAGGAAGAUGAGCUCUGCGGUGCCCUGGAGGAAGGUAGUCAUCUAUUAAACGGAGUUAUCCCAAGGGGCUGCACCAGCACGGAAAGUUGUGAUAUAAGGGGACGGGAUCACAAAAAUGAUUCGCCAACGACAAAGAGAAAGCGGGUAAAGUUCACUACUUUUUCAAACAGCAAGUCAAGUAAUGGAUGUCCAGGGCUGAGCCCAUUAGCGCUUAGGCAGACCAGUGAGAUUACAUGGGUUUGUCCGGACAUUAAGCUUGGGGAGUCAGAGGAACUCAGGGAAUUCAAGGAGAAGUUGAACCAGAAUGCAAUUAAGAAUAUUGCAUAGGGGGCGCUGGGUGUUUAAGGGGACUUUGAAGAAACUCACCUGAAUGCCUUCAUACAACAGAGGGAGCGACAGCCGGAGAGAAGUGAGGACUGCACUGAACUGUUCUCACUUCGUCAUCACUAUUAGGGAGGGAAGAGGAAUAAACAGAAAAAAAAUAAAUAUUUGCAGUGGCACCAUAGUGAAGCUAUAAAGACAGAUCUGUGAGCUCAAUAUUGUUAAUCGUCAAAUGGGUGUUUAUUUCUUGUAUUUGUGAUUAAGUUUCGACUUUUAGCCACGUUAAAAAAAGAUUCUAAACGCCAUAUGUAUUUUUCUUUUUUAGUUUUAUAUCAUCAAUGUUGUAUUUGUUGUACUACUUUUUUUUUCUUUUUGCUUCACAGUUGCUGUAUGCCUUGUUCUGCAAGUCAAAAUUUAUAGAUUCUAGAAAAGGAUGAUCAAACAAAUUUUAUAUUGUAUAGAUCGUUUGAUUUUGAAGCUUUAUAUAUGUAUUAUGAUAUUUUGUAAAGGGAAAAAGUGAAGAAGAAAAAAAAGUUUGAUUUAGUCUCCAGUGCGCCAGAUACAUGCAAGGUGUCACAACAGAUCUGGUACCUGAAAGUGUGUGUAGAUAUCAUAUCUGGAGGCUUUAGCUUAGUUUCAUUCAACUGAAAUCUUGUCUGCAUUAUGUUUUCACCCUUAUUUAUUUUCCUUUUGUAUUUAUGCCAACACCUUUGAUUAAUUUAAUACAUAUUUAUUUAACACAUGACUGAGUCUGUAUGCAUUAGAUGACGGGAGACCACCAUUGACGGCGUCAGAAGACAAUCACAAGGCUGCGACUCACUCGUCACAUUCUCAUGGUUUCAACCAAAUCUGUCCAGUUUACAAUUUCUAUGGCCCAAGUUAAGUGAGUGAGUCGGGAAAUUAUUUGGACUAAUGUAUAUGGCAUUUUCAAUUUUAUAAACAAAGUCUUAACAGUAAAUAAAGAA